AUGGAGUCACUCAGAGAUAGUUUAUAUGAGAUUCCUGAUGAUCAUGAUUACAUCAGAUUAGCUGAGAUAGGUUCCGGAGCCUUUGCUAUAGUAGAUAAGGUCAAAAGACAAAAAGAUGGGAAAAUUUUUGCUAUGAAAACUAUAAAGGAUAAGGUGUAGGAGAAGGAUUAUGAUGAAGUGAAAACUCUUCAAGGAUUAGAUGAUCCAUUUAUUAUUAAAUUCGAGGAAGCUUUUACAAAUAACUAUCAAAGAUUAUUUAUCGUGACUGAAUUCGCAGAAAAGGGCACUCUUCAAAAGUACAUAGAGGAGCAAGGAGAGCUCAAAUAGCCAUAGAUAAUAUCAAUUUUUACACAAAUAUGCUUAGAAAAUAUCUUAAUUAUGGAUAAUGACCUAAUAAAAAUUGCUGAUUUUGGAUUUUCACUUACUCUUAUGAAUUCCUUGGUCUUUGCCAGAAGUAAAGUUGGAACUCCAAGUUACAUGGCACCCGAGAUAAUUGAUUAAAAACCCUAUAAUAACAAAGUUGAUAUUUACUCUUUAGGGCUAAUUCUUUAUUACAUGUAUACCAGGCAAAUUGUUCGAUUGAGUGAUGCUAUAAAUCAAAACAUUCCUUUCCCAAAAAAUAUCCCCAAGCAUUUUUAAGCCAUGAUUAGAUCAAUGCUAAAAUUUGAUCCUAAUUAAAGACCUUCCAUAGAACAGAUAUUAGAAUAUGAGGUCCUCCAAUUUUAGAUAAAUACAAUUGAAUUCUAAGUAAUUAGAACUGACUAAGAAACAAUGGUACUGGGCAAUAUGGAAAACAAGCUCAGGAAGUAAGAUAUUUAGGUAAGAAAUCAUGAGCUUAAACUGCAAAGGAACAUAUUAUACACGAUAUUAGUUACAAAGUAAAAUAUAUAUCUCGGAGGAGUAAGUAAAUAACUUCAAAUCUACAACCAUAACUUCAUGCUAGAAAAGCAGAUUAAUAUAUAAGGCAGCAUUAAAACUGCUAUUGAGAUGGAUAACUAGGUGGUAUUUGGAGUUGACAAGCUUAUUAUGUUCUAUAAUAAAGACAAUCAUUAGACCCAUUAUACUGAACUUAAUGAUGUGAUAUAUAAGUUCCUCAAAUUGAAUUAAAAUGAUUUGAUGGUUGCAAUGAACAAGGGGCAUCUGCAAAUAGUUAAUGUAUUUACGAGAAAAAGCAUAUUUCAUCAUAAAACAGACUCAUCAUGGAUCUGUGACGUUAUAUAAGCAUCAAGAUAGGAUGAAUAUGGCCUUGGUCUUCACUAUUCCAAAUCUGGGAACUAUGGUUUGCAAUUCCUAAAAAUUUAGUGUACUGAGGGAAGUAACUACAGCUUAUUUGAAGGAGGUUCUUCCCUUUAUAACUGGUAUAAUGGAAUUAGCUCUGAUUAGUACUUCAAAGAUGAAUCUGUUGAAUGUAUAUGCGAGCCUGUUUAAGAUUAAGUAGUAGCCUGUUUAAGAGACAAUCCUAGUAUUUAAAUUGUAGAUAGGAAGAAAAAACAGGUAAUUCCCUGCUUUGAAAUUAAUGUUUUUCCAUAUAUCUUAGUAAAAACAACUGAAGGACUGUGUAUACUAAACUUUAAGACAGGAGCAUCAUACUAAAUUUUGAAUCAAUAUUUCGAUUACUAUUCUUAGUAUUCAGUUUCAUGCUGGAAUGAUCUUUGCGACUUAAAAAUAAUGAGUUUAGACUAUGACUUGCUGGAAUAAGUUAACAAUAUCAAAAGUAUUAAGAUAGAGAAUGUAUGCAAUGCCUUCUUUGGAAUGCCUGAUAAUCAUUUAAAAUUCGAGAAAUAGCUUAGUUUAAGUCCAUUAGAUACAUAUAUGGAAACAAAGAAAGUUCAGAUAAAUAUAAUGAAUCUUGGAGGUAAAGGGAAAGUUAAUGUAAUUUUUAAACUUGAAGAUACUUAUUUCAUCCAGAGCAACAAGAUUUUACUCCAACAACUAGAUAGAAACUUCCAUAAGAUCAAUCAAAUUGAGCUUAAACACCAUUCUACAAUUAGGGCAGUUUUGAUUUAGAAAGAUGAAAUUUAUUUAGCUUAGCAAAACUUUUUCAUCAUAAUUAAAAUCGAAAAAAAUCGCACUCUGUCUAUUCAAACUGAGAUAUAAGUGUAGUUUCUUAUCAAUCAUAUGUCUUUCUUUGGAUAAAAGUAUGUUAUGAUUGUUUAAAAGUAAGGUUAUUUGGAUAUGAUAGAUCUUAAGGAGAAGACAUCUAUUUAUAAAAAUUGGUUAUUAUCUAGUGAUAUUAAUUACAUUAUUAAUUCUAAGACUAAUCCAAAUGAAAUGUGCUUAGCUUUAAAUGAUAUAGAUGAUUAAAAUGGAGGGUUGAGAUUUAUUUCAUUUGAUAUUGAGAGUUCUGGGAUAUUACCUGUAUUUGAUACUAAAAUUCACUAUUACGAAAAAAAUGUGCUUUGCUGUUAUGAACUUAGAAAUGAUGUUUUUAUAGUAGGUAUCAAGGAUAAUGAGUAUAUUUAGGUUUAUAAUCGCUAAUCUAGGAUAGCUUUACUCAGUAUUAAAAAUCCUUGUUUUGAAAAUACUUAUCUCAAAUUCAUAGAUAUUGGUAGAAGUGCGAAUGAAUAUUAAGGUAGGAAAUUCGCUUUCGUCAUUUUCUAAGAGUUGCUGUAAAAGUUCCAUUUCGACUGA